AUGCUAGAUGGGCAAUGGUCAGAUAAUGGCUAUUCUCUGCUCAGAUGCAAGUCAGACCAUGGUUGUACUCGUACGCCAGCUCGCCUGCCUUCUUCUCCGUCCGCGCGAGCUCCGCUCCACCAGCGGCGGCGGCCGGCCUCGCCUCCUCCGCCCACGGCGGCCUCCGACGAGCCGGCCAGUCUCUCCACCUCCUCGCCUGCGGCUCCACCUGCUCCGCCCGUCGUCGCCUCCCGCGUGCCGCUUGGCCGCACCCCAUCGCCGGCUCCAGUUGCCAGCACCGGGGCCGCCUCGUCGCCCGCGCCGCCGCCUCGCUCCGUCCACCCGAGCCCCAAGCUCGGACUCCCAUCGUCGGUGCCGCUUGGCCCUGCUUCCGGCCUCUCCGCGCCGGCUCCUCCCCGCCGGGUGCUCCGCGUCGGGUCCUCUCUGCCGGCUCCGGCUUCCCGCAACACGGACUCCUCCGUCCGCGUCGCCCUUGGCCGACUACCGCGCCGCGCCUGGCCGCUCCGGCUGCUCCGUCCGCCCGCCCGCGCCCGCGUCGCCCCGCGUCGGCUUGCCCCGUCGCCACCUCCGCCACUCCGGCUGGCCUGGCGCUGUCCCGCGCCGACAGCAGCUCUGCUGCCUCGCGCCGCUCCCGCCUGGCUGCAGGCCCGCGUGCCGGCUCCGGUCGCCGUUAGCCGGCUCCGCCACGACGGCUCCCCCGUCCGGUCGCCUCCGCCCACGGCCACCUGCCGUCCGAUCCAGCUCGACCUCCACGCCGGCUGCCCCAGGCAGAAAGAACAGAAGAGGGAGACGGCUCCCCAUCCCGUCCAGAAGAAAAGUCAAGGGCCGGCUGAGGAAAAAAGAGAGAAAGAAAGAAAGUGUCUUCGGUAUGCUAAGCCUGAUGGAUUUCACAUGUUCAUUGUGUUCUUGAAGGCAUUCGGCAGCAUGAGCGAAGUGGAGAAGUAG